UUGCCACAUUGCUUAAGCUGCUUUUUAUUUUUGCUCGGGUACUUUCAAGCCAGCUACGGAGACACUUAAAGAAUCGCUUCUGUUUGGAAACAAUCUAAUACGGUGUGGAGAUUCAAGCAUGCCUACUCCAAUAACUCUGGAUUCAAGAAUGCUUCCAGCGUUUGGAACUGAUGCAGUUUGCAACAGGAAACUCACUCAGCUGCUGACUUCUCUUCUACCUGCGGAUGCCAAUCCAAAAGUGGUGAAUCGCCCAACUCCAGUUACCAAAUUUAGACUUGCCUAUUCCGAUGGGGACGACAAUGGCGUACAGAAAGUUGAUAAAUUGAUCCACUACGCAUCCAUACCCUUUAGUGUAGUAUCAGCCUUCAAAUUAAUUCAACCGGAGCAUCACUUUUUUAUGAGGAAACCAGAAAGGACUUUGCACUCCUUAGAGGCCUACGAGGAACCGGAUGGCAUGGAAGUUCGAAAGUUAUGGAAGUUAUUGUGUACUUUGGCUUGGAACAUUGAUAAAUCUGUGGAUAGACUUGGUAUCGUGCCAAAAAUUACGGCCUUCACAAUGACGCUGAGUUAUCCAAAACCAUCGAAUGACCAACUUUUAAAACUGAGAAACGACGAUCCUGAAGUGUAUGAAGAUCAUGCCACACGGGUUGACUCAGACGUGGAAAUGACUCUGACUCAAAUGGAACUAAACAACUUCGUCUGGUCUUACUCGUUGGAUUUGCUUGAAGCGAAGGAUGAGAGCUUAGAUGCUUGGAUCUUCGUCAAGAUGAGAGUGAAUAAAAUGCCACCCGACGUAGCCAAAACGUAUAUCGAAUCCAGAGAUAUAAAAGACAUUCUAGAAGCUGAAGCUUCCAAAACUACGGGGCGGCCACAAAGUUUGAAACCAAGAAUCUACAAUAGUAUGCUCACAAAAUCACGGAUCGGUUGCCCGCGCAAACGAAGCAAAGAGCCUGCAGAAUGAGUGUCACUCUGCGCGGCUGCCACCGGUUACAUUUAUUUGAACCUGGCUUAUUACUGAGGAUUCUCGGGAGCGAUAUUUUGAUCAACUACUAUUUGCUUUACCUUAUGCUUUACUGCACUUUUUGCAUUCCACUCUCAGCGAUGCACACUGCUUAUUGUCCUUGGAAAUUCUGUGCUGUAGAAAUAAUUCAAACUUUACCGCCCGUACUUUUUAUCUAUGGUUUUCAGGUUGUUUCCACCAACUACUUCACUUGUGCUGUAUCAACUUUCUGUUGCUUUGCGGUCAAGCAAGCUAGCAAGAUUUCUUCAGCGGCGGAUUCUGUGCCACUCA